AUGGAGAAUAAUAAUGGCGUAAAGGAAUCUUAUCUUGGUUGUGAUGAGGAAGAUGAUGAUAGUUAUGAUGGUAUUGUGGUGGGGUCAGGAUAUGGCGGCUCUGUUGCUGCUUGUAGGAUGUCCAUGGCGGGAAUAAAGGUCUGUUUGCUUGAAAAAGGUCGAAAAUGGGAAGCUCAAGAUUUUCCCACAGAUAGUUUGAGAUUGUUAUCAUCUGUUAGAUUUGAAGAUGAAAGCUUGGGGUUCGGUUUAGGCUCAAAAGAUGCAUUGUUCCAGAUACAUAAAGAACAUGAUUCUGUAGCAGUAACAGUUUGUGGGCUUGGUGGUGGUUCGCUAGUGAAUGCUGGUGUGAUGCUGCCAACACCUGUUCGAGCAAGAAGGAACCCAAAAUGGCCAAAAGAAUGGGAGUCGAAUUGGAAGUCAUGUGAAGCCUCUGCUUCCUCCAUGCUUAAUAUACAAAGCGUUCCUGUGAAAUUUCCUAAUGCUAAAACUAUGGAUAAAUUAAUGGUUGGUGAUGAGUUCAAAGAAACUAGUAGUUCUUUAAAGGUGAGUAUAAAUUUUGAUGUAGAAGGACAGGGAGACCAUUUCAAAAGACCUAAAGAAACAGGGAGCUGCAUAGCUUGUGGAAACUGUGUUGCUGGUUGUCCUUAUAAUGCAAAAAACUCUACUGACAAGAAUUAUUUGUUCUCCGCGGUUGAGGCAGGAUGUAUUAUCAAAACAGAUUGUGAAGUUAGAUAUGUGGUGAAAAACCCAAAGGACACAAAUAUACUUGGGAAACGAGCUCGUAGGUGGCUUGUAUAUCUUAACGAGACUGACUAUCUACAAUCUGAUUUUGUUAUUCUAUCAGCGGGAGUGUUUGGUACUGCUGAUUUGCUAUUCCGUUCACAACUUAGAGGACUAGAGCUCUCAAGCAGACUUGGUGAAGGGUUCAGUUGUAAUGGCAACAAUUCUGCUUAUCUUGCUGGAUGCACAACACCUCUAGGUGCAUAUGGCUUACACAAAGAGCAAUUCUCCAAAAUAUCCUUUCAAGAAAGGCCUGGGCCUGCCAUUUCCUCAUCAUACACUUCUUCUUUGGGGUUUACAAUUCAGAGUGGGGUGUUACCAACAGCUUAUCCAUACUUGAUAUUUAAAGGGAUUUUAACGUAUGGAUGGCCAACCGGCUUCUGGUUUCUACAUGGACUUAUAGACAAACUGAAGCAUUCUUUCGGUCUAAAGAGCACUCAAGCAAUGACUUUGAAUGUAAUAGGGCAUGAUGAGAGUGAUGGAAAAAUCACAUUCAAUAAAAGCAGAGAUAAAAUAAACUUCACCCCACCAAACGAUCCCUUGCUUCCACGCAAAAUCAUGUCCUUACAAAAACUAACCAAGAAACUAGGAGGAAUAUUGUUCAUGUCUAGGUAUAGAAGUACCUCGGUUCAUCUUCUAGGUGGUUGUAAUGCUUCUUCCGAUCAUUUCAGUGGAGUUUGUAACUCAAAUGGUCAGGUUUUUGACACCAAGUCUCCUUCCUCAGUUCACUCGGGUCUUUAUGUUUGUGAUGCGUCUUUAAUCCCUUGCUCUAUCGGGAUAAAUCCUUGUCUUACUAUUGCUACUGCCUCUGAGCAUGUAAGCAGACACCUUAUCCAAGAUAUUAUCAAAACUCACGUGGGUGAUGACGGAAAAGAUUCCUUGGAUGAAAGUGAUGAUAAAAAACGUGGUUCAAUAUGUUCUUGGAAGCUAGAGGGGAAAUCAAGAAGUGAUGUUCGGUUUACAGAAGUUAUGAGAGGGCAUAUUGACGGUAUGCCUUGUGUUGCUCAUCUAGAAUUGAAAAUGAAUGCACAAUCAAUAAAAGAUUUUGAUCAAGGAAGUAUGGAUUUUGGAAAAUCUCAUCCUCUUCUAAGAGGAAUAGUCAGUGGAUAUCUUGACUUCAAUGCUUUAGAGAGGGACAGAUUAUAUGUAAUCGAUGGAGAAGUGGAUUUAUGUGAAGUAGACAUUAGAACUCCUUACACACAGUUCAUGCAUUAUCGCCUCCUUCUUGUAGCUUCUUCUGGUUCAAGAUACAUUCUUGAAGGGAAGAAGGUAAUGAAACCUUUUCUCCUAGGACUAUAUGGAUGGAAAGAGUCAACAACAUUGCAAGUGACCUUCAAGAAAGUCAAGAAGAAUGAUCCGAGUGAAGAAAUGGUAGACUUAAAAGGAGUGCUUCAUAUAUCCACGUUUGCACUCAUGAGGAGUUUGAUUAGUAUGCAAGGAAACAACAAAAUGAAGUUUGUGUUGCUUUUAUUACAAUCUAUCUUUAGAACAUAUGUCAUACAGAAACCUCGAGGAAAUUUCAUUGGUUCCCCCCAUGUAGAACCCAUAGAUGGGCCAUAUCCUAGCAGUACCCUCCAUGAGAUAAGAACAGAGGAUGGUUUUGUAAUUAGUUGUAGACAAUGGAAGAUCAAAACAGAUGAUUCUUUGAGAUUUGGAAGAUUGAAAAAUCGGUAUCCAGUACUACUUAUUAAUGGGUAUUCCACUGACAGUUUUUGGCUUCCAACCGAGGAAAAUGAUUUGGUUAGAACUUUACUAGACAAAGGACAUGAAACAUGGCUUCUUCAACCAAGGUUACACCCUCUUAAUUCUUCAAAUUCUUUCACUAUUGAAGAUAUUGGCAGAUUCGAUAUUCCAGCAGCGAUUGAUAAAAUCUUGAAAUUGAAUGAGAAGUCAACUAAGAUUCAUGUGGUAGCACACUGUGUGGGAGGCCUAGCCAUUCACAUAGCUAUAAUGGGAGGCCAUGUUUCUGCAGCAAGAAUCGCUUCACUCUCUUGCACUAACUCAUCCAUGUUCUUCAAGCUCACAACUUUUUCAAGGUUCAAGAUGUGGCUUCCUCUACUCCCGAUAACAAUGAUGAUAUUAGGAAGAAACACCAUCCUCCCUAUACUCAAAACAACAAAAACAAAUUUAAAUCAGAAACUGGUAAAGUUUGUAGCUCGUUUCAUCCCACGUUAUGAAAGAUGCAAUUGUGACGAAUGUGAAGUAUUUUCUGGCAUAUUUGGGAAUGCUUUUUGGCACAACAAUGUAACAUCAAGUCUUCACAGUUGGAUAAAUAAGAAAAAUCUUCCAAGUCUCCCUAUGGCUGGUUUUCCACACCUCAGAAAGAUAUGUAACGCAGGGUUUAUAGUUGAUAGCAAAGGAAACAACUCAUAUCUGAUUCACGCUGAGAGAAUAAGUCUUCCAACACUUUACAUAUCGGGUGGAAGAACACUUCUUUCUACUCCUCAGACUUCUUUGCUUGGUAACAAGUAUAUGAAGUUGCACCAACCUAAUUUUCGACAUGAGAGGGUGGUUGUGGAGGGAUUUGGGCAUUCUGAUCUGUUGAUUGGAGAAGAAUCUUGUAAGAAAGUUUUUCCUCAUAUACUCUCUCAUAUGGGGUUAGCUGAAAAGGAGGAAAAUCUUGAAUAUGAUGGCAAUGAAAAAGAGUAUUUUAGUGGAUAUGGUCAAUUUGAGGAUGGUGAAUUGGUGUUUAAGAGUUGGGUCUCUUCUUCCAUAAUUAUUUGGUUCCUCUUGUUUUUGGUUUUGUGUUUGGUAAUUUUCCAUUGA